GCCACCCGCCCUCCGCACCUCCGCCUGUCCGCGACACGAGCGACGUCCUGCGGCAAAUCAUGGCCAUCACCGACCAGAGCCUGGACGAGGCGCAGGCCAGAAAGCAUGCUCUGAAUAGCCACCGGAUGAAGCCUGCUCUCUUCAGAGUGCUCUGUGAGAUCAAGGAGAAGACAGCCAUGAGCAUCUGUGGCACUCAACAAGAGGAUCCCCCUGAUGCUCAGCUCCUGAGGCUGGACAAUAUGCUGCUGGCCGAGGGCAUGUCCAGGCCAAAGAAGAGAGGACAAGGAGCUGUGGCAGUGGCUGGCACAGUGACACCAGGUGGCUGUCCAAAUGACAAUAGCAUUGAGCACUGUGACUACAGGGCCAAGCUGUCCCAGAUCCAACAGAUUUACCACUCUGAGCUAGAGAAAUAUGAACAGGCCUGCCAUGAGUUCACCACACAUGUCACCAACCUUCUCAGGGAGCAGAGCAGGAUGAGGCCCGUGUCUUCCAAGGAGAUCGAGCACAUGGUUGGGGUCAUCCAUGGCAAGUUCAGUGCCAUCCAGAUGCAGCUGAAACAGAGCACCUGUGAGGCUGUAAUGACCCUCCGCUCACGGUUCCUUGAUGCCAGGCGUAAACGACGAAAUUUCAGCAAGCAGGCAACAGAAGUGCUAAAUGAGUAUUUUUAUUCUCACUUGAGCAACCCUUACCCUAGCGAAGAAACCAAAGAAGAACUGGCCAGAAAGGGUGGCAUCACAGUGUCCCAGGUCUCUAACUGGUUCGGCAACAAAAGAAUCCGGUAUAAAAAGAACAUGGGGAAGUUUCAGGAAGAGGCUACCAUUUACACGGAUUCUCAGGGUCCCUUCCUGCUGACCAGUGCUGGGGACAUGGUUUUAGCCCUGCGGACCCUGGCUUUUCUACAGCCUCAGCCCCAGGUCAGAAGUGGCUGGCAGGGGACCAACAUCCUGCGUUCCAAUGCAUCACUAGCUGGAGACUCCCAUAGCAUCAAUUCAAAUGUAUCUAAUUAGAUUUUGGGACCUGCCAUGGGCACUGGCCCUUGUGUUCCCUAUUACAUCAGAAGCCAGGACCCAGCCCACUGGCCAACCUGCCAGACGCCACGUGAGCACAAGCACUGUUCAGUCUCCUGCCUCAGCUUGAUUUUUCAAAUUAUAGUUUCAUGGUCAAUGAUGGAUCAUUAGUCCAGAGCCUGUCCCCAAUUUCACCAUUAAAGUUUUCAACUUAUUUUCA